AUGAACAAGCCAAGUUCUCGGUCGACAGCGUCUCUUCAGCCGGAACCGGUGGAUAUUGUCCGGAGUAUGGCUUGCUACCGCCGGGUGAAGCUGAACGUCGGGGGUCUUCCGCAUGAGGUCUUAUGGAGAACCCUUGACCGGUUGCCGCGAACGCGGCUUGGCAAACUGCGGGACUGCAAAACACACGACUCGCUCAUGGAAGUAUGCGACGACUACAACCUGGACGACAACGAAUACUUCUUCGAUCGGCACCCUGGUGCUUUCACGUCCAUCCUCAAUUUCUAUCGUACCGGUAAACUGCAUAUGAUGGAGGAGAUGUGUGCGCUGUCCUUCAGUCAGGAGUUAGACUACUGGGGCGUCGACGAGAUUUACUUGGAGUCCUGCUGCCAAGCGCGCUACCACCAGAAGAAAGAACAGAUGAACGAGGAGCUGAAGCGCGAGGCCGACACGCUAAAAGACCGCGAGGGCGAAGAGUUUGACAACACGUGCUGCGCCGAAAAGCGCAAGAAACUUUGGGAUCUUCUUGAAAAGCCAGGAUCUUCUGUAGCAGCUAAGAUCUUGGCCAUCAUCUCCAUCCUCUUCAUUGUGCUUUCCACCAUCGCCCUGUCACUCAACACCCUCCCCGAGCUGCAGGAAAUGGACGAGUUUGGCCAGGCCACCGACAACCCUCAGCUGGCCCACAUAGAAGCCGUGUGCAUUGCCUGGUUCACCAUGGAGUACCUCCUCCGCUUCCUCUCCUCGCCUGCCAAGUGGAAGUUCUUCAAGGGCCCGCUGAAUGUGAUCGACCUGCUGGCCAUCCUGCCCUACUACGUCACCAUCUUCCUGACCGAGUCCAACAAGAGCGUGCUGCAGUUCCAGAACGUGCGGCGGGUGGUGCAGAUCUUCCGCAUCAUGCGCAUCCUGCGGAUCCUCAAACUGGCGCGCCACUCCACGGGCCUGCAGUCGCUGGGCUUCACCCUGCGGCGGAGCUACAACGAGCUGGGCCUGCUCAUCCUCUUCCUCGCCAUGGGCAUCAUGAUCUUCUCCAGCCUGGUGUUCUUUGCGGAGAAAGACGAGGAUGACACCAAGUUCAAAAGCAUUCCGGCAUCGUUCUGGUGGGCCACCAUCACUAUGACAACAGUGGGAUAUGGGGACAUCUACCCAAAGACUCUGCUGGGGAAGAUUGUUGGUGGGCUCUGUUGCAUCGCAGGGGUUUUGGUGAUUGCACUUCCCAUUCCUAUAAUCGUCAACAACUUUUCUGAGUUCUACAAGGAACAGAAGCGUCAGGAGAAGGCCAUCAAGCGGCGGGAGGCCCUUGAGAGAGCCAAGAGGAACGGCAGCAUCGUGUCAAUGAACGUGCGGGAGGCCUUAUCACGAGGUGCCGACCUACUGGAUGUGGUAGUGAUGGAGAGGGGAAGUGGAGGAGACAAGCCCCACGACAACAACCUCUCACCCAGCCGCUGGAAGUGGUCCUCCAAGCAGCCUACCUUAGACACUGGGUCCAACCACUCCUACAAUAUGGAUCAGGGUUCCCCCAGCAAGGCCCAAGCUACCAGCCCCCAGCACCUCAGUGCCCAGAAUCUGGAGGAGAUCUACAACCAGAUGGCCAAGACCCAGUCGCAGCCCAACCUCAAAAGCAAUGACUGCAACACAAACGCCACUCGAGCUACUGGCCGGAGAAACGAGAUGGAACUGGGGGCUCUACCAGGCCCAGAGACACAUAACGCUAUGGGAGGGCGAGACGGGGUGUCCGACAUGAAGAGUCUGUCUAGCAUUGACAGUUAUAUCAGUUGUGCCACUGACUUCCAGGAGAACCCCAGAGGCUUCCCUUACAGCCCGGCAGCUGGUCUGGUGCUGCAGGAGAGCCACCGAUUCUCCCACAGCCCGGCCAGCAAAAACCUGCCGUACCUGCAAGCCCACCUGGAGCACCAGGAGGCCCUGCUGACUCCACCAUGUUCUGCUGUCAAGCCUCCUGGCCCUCCUGACGGCACCAGACAUCAUGGGCCCCUUGGAAAUCCACUCAAAGCGGGCCAUCCCCACAGGGUCAGGUACCAUGUAGGUGGAGGAGGAGGAGGAGGAGGAGGAGGAGGAGGAGGGGAGUCCAGUCCUGCCAGUGGGGGAGGUCCUCAGUCAGACAGCUCUGUCCUGUCAGACCGUUCGCUCUUGAGUCCCGAGACGUCGGUCUACACGACAGCCAGUAGUCGCACGCCACCUCCGGAAGGCUCCACUGCCCCGGGCAUCUUCACCUUCCACGACGCCUCCAUCAACCGGUACAUCGAUGCCGACACUGACGAUGAGGAGCACAGGCCCUCCGACCGCCUUUUGGGUGGGGCCAGCGCCAAAUCCUGCCACCAGACGGGGUACUCCACCGAGAGCACCAACCACCUGGAGGCGGCCCAGAGGCUGCUCGGACAGAACUGCUUGCUGCUCCCAGACGGUGGUCGUCAAGGCAACAGUCAGGAGAAUCACCUGGGCUCUGACCAGCUACGGAGGCCCAGAGGUGACAGAUCGGGACGUUCUCAGACCUACAAUGCUAACCACUGAGCCUGUGAGGGGCAUCAGAACACAGAGAGGGGGAGGGACGAGGCCACAGCAAAGAGACGUAUCGCCAGCAAGAGAAGGACGUGUUUGAGACAGGCUUUGCCGUUUACAAAUCUCUCUUCUUUUGGGACCUGGCAAAAAAAAAAAAAUGGCUGGGGCCGGAAGAAGUAGGGAUGCAAUGAGGUGUUGUGUCUCUCUACCAGUAGCCAGCUGGCUGCACCCAGCCCCCUAAUCUCACCCCAUCCUUGUCACAACCCCCCUUUAACUUACUGAGCCUCACCAACAAGACCUGCUCAGUGAUGCUGAGAAGCUGUGGGUGUAGCUCGAAAAGGAGUUGUUUUUUGGUGGAUGGAGUGAGGCUUGGACUGUGUUGGGGGGAGGGGAGGAGGCUGGGCGUGGAUGAAGGGGGAUCUGGCAUUCAAAGGAUGGUUGUGGAGGGGAAUAUGAAGAUGGAGGUGGAUCUGUGAGAGACUGGUGAAGCAAAACAGGCUGGGAUUGGUGGGACUUGCCACAGGGAGAAGAUGAGUGCUGCAGGGUUGGUGUUUACUGUCAGGGGAACAGAAUACAGGCAUGGUGACCGGAGGUGCGAGGGGACACUGAACCCCUUGGUUUUAUCCUCUAGCUAACCACUGUCCAGACCUCUCACACAAUCCCUAAUCAGGCUUUAUAUACACACACAAACACACACACACCUGACUAGCCAAUGAGCUGAUAUGUUUACUCUUGCCCCCAUUUCUAACAAAUUGUAGGCCUUACUUAAAUACUGUGUGUGUGUGUCUGUGUGUGUGUUUGUGUCUGCCUGUGAGAGAGAGAGUAUGUAUGUGUUUGUGCCUCUGAAAUGUAUGUAUGUGUAUAUGUGUGUAAAAGCGUUUACCCCUUAAGGACAUGUGCACACAGUCAUAAAUUAUUUUUAUAUGGAUUAUUUCUGUUCUCCACUCCUUGGGUCACUUGGUCUCAGAUAGCCAGGCGAGCCUUUCACUGUAUGGAAUGAUUCAUUAGAGGAGCCUCAGUCGUCAUCAGUAUCGCUAGGUAUUUAUUCAGAUGUUUUAAUUUGGCUAAGAUCUUUAUUUCCAACCUAAAGCAACCUAAACUAUUACAUUUGUCACCCAUCUCAAUAACUAGGUUCACUUGUGUAAAGUGAGUGUAGAAAGCAUGUUUGGUCGAGGUCCCUGGCCAGAGUCCUUGCAAGGUACCAGAGCACUAAUAAUGAAUCAGAGAUAGGAAGGCUGUGGGAUGCCGAAGCACACUGUGCACUGGGGUGUGUGACAUGGCAGGAAGGUAAGCACACCUAAAUAACCGAGGCUGACAGCAGAAGGAGGUGUGUAGCUCAUUAACCAUCUAGAUAAGCCCCUUCCGAACUUCCGUUAAGAAUGACAUGUUUUUUUUUUGGCGCAUUAAUGAGAAUUGUGGGUCUCACUUUUACUUCAUUAAUGGUUUCCAGGGGUGAUAGACAGUCUGUUUACUUUCACUGACAUUCUGCAUCUAACUGGCAGGAAACUUGCUUCAGAAGAGACCUUUCUGCUGUGCGUUGCUAGAACACACCUAUGCCAGCCAUUUAUGAACGGACAGGAGAGGAGGUGGGGAGAAGGCAGGGCUGUGUAGAGCAGUGAAGGGGAGACAAGAAAAGGGAAUGAAAUGAAAGACGGGAAGCAAGAUGAAAGGAUAGCAGAGGAAAAAAGCAGGAAAUAAAGGAGAGUAGCUGACAAAGGAAGAAUUUUUUUGAAGGUAUUUUGUAGCACAGAGAAUGCAGGCAUUAAGUCGUAUGCCGUCUUGUAUCUUUGCUUUUAAAUCAGAGGUUUAUUUUGGCAGUAGUAUUUAUGGAGACGAAAUAUUAUUUUGAUAAUCGAUCAUUCUGUAUAACACCGUCUUGACAUGGAAAGCCAAAGCACUCUCAUAGUGUGUGUAUGUGUGUGUUUGUAUGUGUGUGUGCGUGUACGCAGGGACCGACUUAAUACACAUAUAGAAAGCAGUGUCUUCAAGAUAACUACAGCUAGUUGCCAUGGUGAUGGCUAGCCCAUCCGGUGCAGGAUGCUAUCAGGACUGUACAGCAUUCAGCUAUUGGAGUCUUGAUCAUAUCAGAUACAUGCACACAUAGAAUAUAUGCUUCAAAUGCCAGUUAAAGCAUAUUUGUGUGUGUGGGUAGGUGUGUUUGAGUGUAUUAGAGAGAUAGAGAGAGAGAGAGAGAGAGUGUGUGUGUGAGUAUGUGUAUUUGUUUGUGUUUUGGUACAAAACCUCUAUGGUGUAAUGUGUAUAUGUUCCCACCGCCGUCUAAAUGAAUUGAGAGCAAUGAGCCAAGGUGCCGGGAGAAUACCAAUGAGAGAGAGAGAGAUAAAGGGAGGGAGAAGGAGGUAGAGAAGGGGAGUGGGGAAUGAGAGAGAGUAAGGAUAAGUGAGAUAGAGAUAGAGAAGGGAAGUGGGGGAGGAAAGAGGAGUAAGGGAUGAGUGGGAAUAGAGGGAAGAUAUCACAGAGGGAAGUAUGUGUAGGGCAGAAAAGGUGAUACAAAUAAAAUAUGUUGGAUCUUUAAUGGUAGGAAAAUGGCUUCUUCACAAUGGCUUCUUCGCGUGUGAGCACCAGCGCCCUGGGAUCAGUUUGCAGCUGAAGCAGCCACAGGCCUGACUGCUUCAUUUAGUUUAGGCUGCCCAGAGAGUUUGGCUGCCAAAAAAACCCCACAUUCAACCACAUUCUCACAACACUCCAGAUGACAAUGAAUGAUUCGUGCUCACACACACAGAGCACUCCACAUGAGUGAGGUGUGAGGAUUUAAGGAUAUCUCUGCAACUAUUGGUACUUUUAGGUUCUAUUUUAGGUUAAUUUGUGGAGGGGAAAAAAUGCUUGAAUAUGCUUGCUUUAAAAACCAUUUGCAUUUGAUUUUUAUAACCCCCCCCCCCCCCCACACACACACACACACACACACACGCACACACACACACUUUUUUUUAAAUCCACACCACACUGAACACUGAGCUUCAGUCCUAUUUUUUUAGUGUCAAACAAACAAAGUUAAGUUAAGUUAGCAUAUGGACAAACUGAAAGGCAGUCUACACACAGUGUCCCUGAAUUUUCAGAAAAAGUAAACAAUCAGUAUUAAUGUCCUGAUUUUAAUACAUAUGAAUGACAUAUGAUUAUUUAAAUUAACAGACCCAACUCCCUACCACUGACAGUCAAAUCAGACUGAUUGUAUGUGACAGGGAAGGAACAUGCUGGGGGGAAAAUGGUAUAGUAUAUGUAUUUUGAAUUGUUGGAACAGUCGUAGAGUAAAAAUAUGUAUAUUACCAGUUAGAUUUUGCAAUUUAAACUAUUUAUUAGUGUUACAGACUGGGAUUUCAUAGAGGUGGCAAACUAAAAGUGACCCUAGUUGCAGAAAUAAUCUAAAAUGUCUAUUUUUGGUCCCAAAAAUGCGAAUAUGAAUUAGAAAGUAAUAGCUGCUCACAUUCGAUUAUCAAUUUCACAUAACAGCAUGCCAAAAGGCAAUUCAAUUAAUUAAACGUUAUUUGCCAACAGCUAAAUAUUAUUAUUCAAGCAAAUCCAGUUUGUAAGCAGAAAGAACAUUUCCACUUCACUGGCCAGGGCAUAACUGUUAAAGGUUACUGUCUGUAGCUUGUGCUUUACACUGUCUGAAUAAAUGAAUAUAGAACAACCCUUCUUCACUGUGCUCUAAAAGCCAUUCACCAGGUCCCGCUCUAUAAGCAGAGUGCUUAGGCCUGACCAGAGUUAACCCGAACACAGGCGAAAAACUUUAUUUUGUAUUUUAUUUCUUUUCAGUGUGUUUGUGUGACAACAGAGUAUAUGUGCAACUCUAUCAGGGAAGGAGGUUACAGCUGUCUACUGAAAGCUGUCCUCUUUAAUGUGUUCACUUGAGGUUUUUUUUGCUGAAUAAUGAUAGAUUUCAGAGAUCUGUCUUCUCUAACGGAAGUGUCUGGAUUUCCAUUUAGUAUGUCAUACCAGUGUCUGUAGGAUUGCAUCCCAAAUGUUUCUAAAUUGCACAGGGUGUUAUUUUGGAAGGUACUUAAAACAUACAGCAUGAGCACUGUUUUAUAAUGUUAUCAAAAAGGUUGCAUAAAUGACAAUCAACCAUUCUCCUUUGACUCCAAAAAUUGGUUACGAAUUUUGUCAGGUUUGAGUACAGAGUCACUCGUCUCUCUGCUCGCACCAUUCCGUCUUUCUAGGCAAAGGACCACACACACAAACACAGAUAUACACACACCCUUGACAGGACAACAUACAUAGACAAAAAAACAGGGGUCUGAGAGCUCCACAGCAAAUAUCCGUGGGAUUCACUGAGCCAAGUCUUUGGGGUGUUUUAACUGAUAAACUGUGAUGAUUUUCUUUGUACCACACAUGGUAGCUGAUUGUUGUUCAAAGCUAUAUAUUUUAGAUUUUUGUUUGCUCUCAUCACUCAAACUCCUGUGUUAGAAAUGAAGCGCCUUAACCAUGGGAUGGUGAUUAGCAGGAGGACAUUUAUGUAGGUAAGGUUUGUAUGCAUACAUGUUUAAACUGGAAAGCACAAUCAAGAGACUUCAUUUUCCUUUCUUAAAAUAUUGUACAAUAAAAACGAAGACAGACAAAGGUUAUAAA